UGCACCGCCCGCCUCUUUAUAACACAGCAUUAUUAUUACAAGCGAUAUUAACACGAGAAUAGAUGGGCAGCCCUUUUCAAAGAUGGCCGCCGAGAGAGUGCAGCCAGGGUCACGUGGUAGCCAAUAGAAGUACUACAACUAUUUUAUUAGACACCGUUCGUGGAUUAUAAUCUAGACAGGAUUAGGCCUCUGUGAUUCUAGCGGUUUGCACAGACUGUCAUCCCAGCGCGUUUUACAUACUUCCAGUGCAGGCUGUAAAACGUCACGAAUGGUUGCCGGAAACGCCGACGCGUGAAAGUGACGUCCCAUCGAUGCACUAAAUUGUUCAAGAUGUCCCGGGACGUGAUCGGUCCCGCUUUACCGCCCGGAUUCCGCAGCGUUAAUGACAGAGAGGAGGCAGAAGACGAAGUUGCAGGACCAGUACUGCCUCCUGGGUACCAUAGCAACCACAGCUCGGAUUCAUCAGAGGACAGUGAUCAGGAGAUCACUACUAGCCACUCGCACCAUAAGGAAAGUGAUGACACCACACUAAGAAAACUGGACAUGGCAGAAGAUGAUGACUUUUUUGGGCCUGCUCUUCCACCAGGUUUUAAAAAGCAAUCGGACUCCCCUGGAAGGCCUGUUAUAGGUCCUGCCUUACCGCCUGGUUUCAGAGGUCAAAAUUCAGAUAGCGAGGAUGGUUCCAAUAAUGGAGAAUCUUCAGACAUGAAGUAUAAGCUAGAAGAUAUGAAGGAUGAGGAUGAUGAAGAGGAGGAUGACAUUAUUGGCCCUGUUCCUGCAAAAGGUCCUGUGCAGUCCAGUGUUGCAGACGACUUUGAGCGCCGUGCCUUGAAAAUGAAACAAAAACUUACUGCAAAAGAUGACGAUGGGCCUAAGAAUCUGGCAAGAGAGUCGUGGAUGACUGAGCUUCCCCCAGAGAUGACAAACAUUGGACUGGGUGCAAGGACAUUCAAGAGGAGAACUAUUGAAAAGUCUGGUGACCGAUCUGAUUGGACAGACACUCCUGCUGACAAAGAGAGGAAAGCAAUAGAAAAGCAAGAAGCCAAAGUUUCUAGCAGUAAAGGUGAAGAAAAAGUACACGUAUCAGAAAGGGAUAAACGAUUGACGGACCAAGUGUCCACCUAUAAUGAUUCCAAAAGAACAGAAUCUCUCAUGGAUCUGCACCGUAAGAAGCUAAAGAGGAAAGCGGAGGAAGAUAAAAAUAAACCUAAGGAAAGAAGAGCAUUCGACAGAGAACAAGACUUACAAGUUAAUCGCUUUGACGAUGCACAGAAAAAAGCUUUGCUCCGGAAAUCCAAAGAGCUGAAUACAAAGUUCUCACACGGCAAUAGCAGUAUGUUUCUGUAGGGAACUGCAGGAAUUUGAUAACCAUUCACUGGUACGCUGUGUUUGGGGUGGGGUAAUUAUCGGGCUGCAGAGCCUUUUAUUUAUGCUGUAAAUUGUACAAUAGUACAGUGGCUUUUUAAAGUGUGAGUUGAUCAUGGACUUUUAUCCUGUGGGAAAAUAUCUCCCAACUUAUGUCCUUUGUUAUUUGCUGCAAUAAAAUGUAAACUUUUACCUCCCUGUAA